AUGCCUGCCCCGGAACGAUUGGCAACCCCGGCCCCAAGCACGGAAAGCCUGCCAGAGCAAGUCGAAACCCUUUCACCAACGCCCGAUCCGACGACGACGCCUGGGCCGGAACGAUUGGCAACCCCCGCCCCAAGCACGGAAAGCCUUCCUGAGCAAGUCGAAACCAUCAGACCAACAGGCGUUUCGACGACGACGCCGGCCCCGGAACGAUUGGAAACCUCCGCCCCAAGUGCUGAAGGCGGCGGUUUUUUGGCCGUGCCUGCGGUAGGCAGCGGUGUUACUCCGUCUCCCGAGAGCAGCAGCACUGUUGCCGAUGGCGACGGCGAGGGUUCGGCUGCCACCUCGGGGACUGAGAGGGUCAGGAGCGGUGCCCUGGGCUGGCUUGUUGCCGCGGGUGCUUCUGCUGCUCUUCUUCCGUCAUUGUUUUCGUCUCCUUGAUAGGCGGAAGCUAUUUACUUUCGUGUUGGUCUUGGAGGGUGCUGUGUUUUCCCGCUGGCUCUCGGCAGGUGACUGGGUCGACGGCGGUUUGUCCGAUCGAUCGGUGUGGCGAUUGCGGUGGCACGUGUUCGGCGAAGUUAGUUGUACGAGGGGGGUGUAUCGCCGAGAAUAGUUGCCCGCAGUUUUCUGAUUGGUCAACUUUUUUGAAAGGAGAUUUUACCUACCAAACGACGUAUUUUUCUAGAACAAAUGUGUUGUAGGAAGUGGCGAUCACGCACGCGAAUAUCCCCACAACAAAUGCCACGUUCUUUCUAUUGUAAGCUUUUUUCGAGGGAAGGCGUGUUUUGGUGCCACAAGAGGACCAUUUUCUUUUGGAAGCUUGGCGAGGGAAUGCGUGUUUUGUUCCACAAAAGGACAAAUUUGACACCUUUUAUUUUCUUUGUUUGUUUUUGCCCUUUUUGUCCUUUUCGCCCUUUGAGCGUUGGGCGCGAUGUCGACCUACCUAGCUGUAUGUAUGUUUGUUUUUUGUUUGUUUUUUUUUACCGCUUGCGUUCUGCUUUUGGGAGCGUUUUUUUGUGUCGUGUGUCACGGUCAUCACCAGAGGUACGCACACAGGCCGUGGGAUCUGAGCGAUUGGCCGCCAGCCGUUCCUCGUUUGUUGACGGGAUGAUGAGUGUGCGAUGUUUCCGCUCUGC